AAUUUGAUCCUUUAAGCAUGGACUAUGAGUUCAAGCAAAAAACCCAGGUGGAGCGAGCUAAAGUCGAAGAAUAUUUUGAGUUUGAAGGCUGCAAGGUUGGUCGUGGAACAUAUGGCCAUGUCUACAAGGCCAAGCGAAAAGAUGGGAAGGACGUGCGCGAGUACGCGCUGAAGCAGAUCGAGGGCACUGCUUCGAUGUCGGCCUGCCGCGAGAUCGCGCUGCUGCGCGAACUUAAGCACCCCAACGUCAUCAACCUGCAGCGUGUGUUCCUGUCGCAGCCGGACAGGAAGGUGUGGCUGCUGUUCGACUACGCCGAACACGACCUCUGGCAUAUCAUCAAGUACCACCGUGCUGCCAAGGCCAACAAGAAAUCAGUAAUGGUUUCGCGAGGCAUGGUGAAGUCGCUGCUGUACCAGAUAUUGGAUGAUCACUACCUCCAUGCAAACUGGGUGCUCCACAGGGAUUUGAAGCCAGCCAAUAUCCUAGUCAUGGGAGAGGUCAGGGGCAGGGUGAAGAUCGCCGACAUGGGUUUCGCGCGCCUCUUCAAUUCACCACUGAAGCCGCUGGCCGAUCUGGACCCGGUGGUGGUGACCUUCUGGUACCGGGCCCCGGAGCUGCUGCUGGGCGCGCGGCACUACACUAAGGCCAUUGAUAUAUGGGCGAUAGGCUGUAUUUUUGCUGAGCUGCUCACCUCCGAGCCGAUCUUCCACUGCCGGCAAGAAGAUAUCAAAACAUCCAACCCCUACCACCACGACCAGUUAGACCGCAUCUUCAACGUGAUGGGAUUUCCGCAAGAGAAGGACUGGGAGGACAUUCGGAAGAUGCCGGAACACAGCACCUUACUCAAGGACUUUAAGCGGUCCAGUUACGCUAACUACUCACUGGUCAAGUACAUGGAGCGGCACAAGGUGAAGCCCGACAGCAAAUCGUUUCAUCUGCUGCAGAAGCUGCUGAUCAUGGACCCGACCAAGCGUAUCACCUCUGAGCAGGCCAUGCUGGACGAUUACUUCAAGGAGGACCCUCUGCCGACGUCCGACGUUUUCGAGGGGCACAGCAUUCCAUACCCGAAGCGCGAGUUCCUCACGGAGGAAGACCAGGAGGACAAGUCCUCCGCCAACAAGGUGAGAAAGGUACUCUGGCGGAAGGUGGCUGGACGCCCUGUGGCGCUCCUGGCUGUAGGGACGGUGGUACGCGCUGUGAUGGCGACGGACCUGCUUUUGUCUGGGGGCGCGGCUGAUCGUGCGCCGUAUGAAGCUAUCUGGAACAAGCUCUACAGUCCAUAG